GGGCAAAGCCUUCCGGCGGGGAGAGGUGUCGCUGCGCAUGCGGGCCGGUCCGGUGGGGAGAGUGCGGCGGGAUGGCACUGCCAGGUGGAAAUAAGGAUAAUAUCAGAGCUGGAUGCAAAAAGUGUGGCUACCCUGGUCAUCUGACAUUUGAAUGUCGAAACUUCCUCCGAGUAGAUCCUCAGAGAGAUAUUGUUUUAGAUGUUAGCAGCACUAGCAGUGAAGACAGCGAGGAAGAGGAACUACAGAGAUUACAAGCCAUGCGUGAAAAAAAGAAUUUAAAUGAAGAGGAAGAAAAAAAGAAACAAAAAAGAAAAAGCAAAGAGAAAACAAAAUUUAAAAGACCAAGGAAAAGAUCUUCCUCAUCAAGUUCAGCAGAAGAGGAUGAGCCAAAGUCAAAAAAACAAAAAUCACACAAAAAAGAAAAGGGGAAAAAGCAUAAAUCUAAGAAAGGAAAACAUCAUAAAAAGGAGAAAAAGAAGAGACGAAAGGAAAAAAGUUCAUCUUCUAACAGUUCAGACAGUUCAAGUAGUGACUGACAUGCUGGUCUGUUUUUGCUUCGCUUCUGCAGAGAAGAUGAUUUUCCUUUCAGAGCAAGUUUAUUUAUGCUUUGCAAUGCUGUUGUAAAAUGGGAUAUAUAUAUUUUUGACAAAUCUAUUUGCAUACAUUAGUGCUUCAAAUUAUUAGAUGGACCAUUUAUGAAAAGAAUCUGCUUUUCUAUUUCAGAUUUAUUAGUACUAAUGCAAGUGGUUCUUGACUCUUAUUUUUAGUUCAGUUGUGAUUGUGUUUGUAACCUGUACAGUAAGAUGUGGUAAAUUUCAGUUUGCAAGCCUUUGUGUAGAACGAUAAGGACUUAAAUAUGCUUAAUGUCAGAAUGGUUACUUCAGAUUUGGAAAUUCAAGUGAGAUUUUCUAUUACCCUUUAAAUAAAUGUAUGUUUUACAUAAUGUUUUCUGCUUACAUACAUUAAUCAGUAAGUGCAAAUAUGAAUCAGUGUUCAGGUCCUGAGAGGGGAAGAAUGAGCAAUGGGAAGCUAAAAAAGAUCGAUCCUUCAAAAUUAUAUUCUAAAAUCGAUCUGGUCAUAGACUGUGAAGCAUAACUACAUAUUCCUUUGGCAGGAUCACUAUAAGCAAGCUGAAAAUAAACAUAAGCAAACAAAGGCUACUGAUUUUUAAAGUUCUUUUUCCUUGGGUUUUGUUCUUUGUCAUUUCAUCUUUGACAUAGAUGUAAAGGUUUGGAUAUCAAAACAAGACUUCCAGUAUUGAACUUCAGCUAUUUCUUCAUUCCUAUCAAUUGCUAUUAGCUUCAGUUUGCAUCUGAAUCAAUCAAUCAAUCACACUUUUGAAGGCUAACCUUGGCAUAACUCUACAGCAGUGAUUGCAUCCCUGCUACUCCACAGGCUCCAAAGGUCUUGCAGUACAAAGGUGAUGCUAGUACAAACAAGUGCCAUUCCCUGUCAGCUUCUCUCCGUUACAGAAUGAAAUGACCAUUUCCAGAAAGAAAGACAAGAACAAAGCAUAUGAAUAGUAUAUGGAGUGAGCAUGACAAAUGCAUAGAGUAAUGAAGACUUAACAACCUUCAUAUGCUUUCAGUAAACUCUGAAAUGCAAAUCAGUCUCUGUCAAUUGGCACCAGGAAACAAAAGCAGAUACUUGGUGUUUCCUUCAGUCAUCUUUCCCAGGUAGUGGAAGAAAAAUGUGCACAUUGGCAGUUGAGCUGCUAAGAUGGGAAACAAACUGCUAUAAAAUGCACCAAAUCCUGGAAUCACUGAAUUGAAACUGAAUGAAGCUCUUGUUUUACAAAUAGCCAAAGAAAAUACACAGUCACAGCACAAAAACUACAGCUUAAGUGUUCUCUGCAACUUGAGAGACACCAAGGAAAACCCUUCAGUCUCUUUCACAGUUUAAAGUGUAUACAUUUUUAAAAUAUACCUAGAGUAACUUAAAGCUACUUUCAACACAAAUAAUUUUGUGUAACAUGUAUUACCCUAAUCUGAAUACAUAUCAGAUUAGGACAGUUGAACAGCACUUAAAUAAUAUUUUUCUCUUUAGAUUCUGCCAAAAGUAUACUUCCAUGCUUAGUAGUUUUCACAGUCUUUAGAGCCAUUUUAACAAUAUACUUGGCAUCUUCAUAAUCUUAAACUUCUGAAGUCUUUUACCUGCUACUAGCAUCAUCUUGCAGUGAGGAAAGCUGUGUGUACAACUGCAAUUUAAUAUUAGUUUCCUGUGUUGAUGCCAUUUGGGUUUUGCCUUUUUUUUUCUUUUCUAUGUUUUCUGUACUCUUCACACAUAUAUUUGCAACUCUGUGACCUAUUGUAUUAGUAGCUAGUUUUCCCAGUACUUUUCCAUGGCCUUUCCCUAAGCAGAAAGACAAAACAAAUUCCAGAGCUUCAAGCCCAGCGGGGUACAAGGCUCUGUGCUGUCUUGGUUAUUCCUGGGAACCAAGGCUGAGAAUAACUCUUCAAGUUACAUUUUCAUGGACAAAGCACAACUGCUGAAGCAGGUGCUCCAGAGAAGGGGCUUGACCUGGAGGGGGAAUUCUUGUCCUAAGUGAUGCUUUUAAUCAAUUAUUUCAAUUAUUUCAGGAAAUUUUAAUUUCCUAAAACCUAUGAAAAUGUACUCCCCCCUGGGGGUGGGGGGUGUGGGCUUUUGUGGACAUCUUUCCAGAACUGUUCCUGAAGGCCUUAAAGUAAAGAUCCCCUUUUAUAUUACCUCCUUAUUAAAUUACCGAGUUUCAUUUCCAGGUUGGGCAAAGAGACAACAGUGAUACCACUACAAGCUCUGCCAGCACUGAAAUUUGUAUGAAUAUUACUUUAAAGAUUUAGUCAUUUGGUAGUGUCAACCUGUAUUGUUUAUAGGACUCUUUCCUGAAUAUUUCCUGCAGUUUAGUCAGAUGCUUUCUCUGUUGUAUUCUGAGCUCUCCUGGUAUGUGUUUGUUCUUGUGCACUCUGCAAGGAAGCAUAAAUGAUGGACAAACAAAAGUCUUAGCCAUAGGUACUCAAGAAGUAGAACAAAAAGAAAAAUAAAUUCUUUGUGAUGCAGUACUAUUAUGCAGCUUUAUAACUGGAAGAUUUUGGUUUAUUUUGCUUCUAAAAAAAGUCAUAGUGAAGAAUCAUAGCUCAGAAUUGCAGCAAGACAAUUAUGGAUAGAAAAAGCAGUGUCUAGCUCUGAACUUGGACUGAGUAACAUUUACAGGCUUGUUCUUUAAGGACAUGAAAGCUGCUGAGAUAAUGCACAUUGAACUCUGUAUUUAUUCAGUGCUUUUGUAGUUGACAACAGAAAAAAUCAUAGAUGCAGAUUCCUCUGAAAAGUAUCAUGAGUAAUGAAUCUGACGUGGUGCUUGUUAUCUGUUUCACGUAACAAUCAGUUCUAGGAACUCCUGGGAUGUAUUUUUAGAUCAUCUUUUGCAAUUCCUCACAUCAUCUCUCUCCAGUCAAAAAAGGACACAAUCUGUUUGUACGCAAAACAGAAUGUCAAACAUCCCAAACUUUUUCUCUCAACUGAUGAUUCAGUUGUGCUCUGAAGUCUCCACAGUAGAGCCAGUGGCAAAGCUGUUAAAACUUCUGAUAUUGCCAUGUCUUGUGCAACCAACCUAUCUUACCUUGUGAAAAUUACCACACAUGACAGACUCUCUUGGGCAAACACACACUUCAAUACUACAAUACACACCUCCUACUACAAUGCCUCUGCCCCAAGGCAGUAGUACCUAAGAAAGACUAAUAGAAAUUAUAAGAUACAAAUCACUAUGAAUAAUAAUAACGGUGAAUAGAGAAAAACAUGUCAAAAAUGUUUCUGUAGUAAAAAUGCCAGAACAUUUACACUGUUCACAAGAAAUUCUAGUAUAACAAUCUAUGAAGACGAAUUCAAGUGAUAAAGAAGAACAUGAGAUGAAGUGGUGGUAGCAGAAAACAAAAAAGCUACAAGAGUAAAGAACCCAAAGUUUAUCUAGAAAAGCAAUGUUAUCAUUUAAAUAAUAGCAAUAAAGAGAAAAGUCUGAAAAAGGCUAUUUUGUAGAGUUAGUUCAUUUAAACUUCAGCAAGAUGUGGUUUAUUUACAGUUUGCUGUGUAAGCUAAGUAUUUGUCCCACUGAGAAGGUGUACUGUGAAGGAGUGAUUAAUCCUUAUUUAUCUGUACUGUGUAUUUUCCUCAGGCUUUAACCUAGUAUAAUUGUUUAUAACAUACCCUGCCAGAAUUUUGACUAUCAGAGAAUUUUAACAAAGAAUAAAGUUGACCUGUAAGAAACACAUUGCAUGUUUUUAAUUGUCCAGGAGUAGAUUUAAGCUGAAAAUUGGAAGAAAUUUUUUUUCAUCAAAGAACUGCAGUCCCAGAAGAGCUAGAAAUAACUUCUGGAAGAGGGAGCCGAGUACAUGUAAUUGCUCAAAUGAAGAUAUGCUUGCAUUAGAUAGUAAUAGACUGGACAAAUAGAUACAGGUGCUCUCUUGUAGAUCAGAAUUCCCUUUGCUAGUGGUAUGUAAUACAUUUUUUAAAAAUAGAAGUGAGAGAAAUACCACUCCAAGAAAUGGUACAGAUGUUACAAGGGAAAGGCUCAAAGUACUAGUGAGAUGGAGACUGGUAGUUCAAAGCCAAGUGAGUUCAGGCAGGAAAAUGUCUAAGACUGGCAACACAAGGCUAGAUCUGGACAGCACAUUAUGCAUACACUUGGAACAGCCGAAGCUGAAAAAAACCAACCUCCACAUUAGAGGGUACAACCACCAAUUAAAGAGUAAAAGUAAAGUUAAAAAGUUAAGUCUUGAAACAUGGGUGGGGCUAGAAAAUAGAAUCUCAGGGAAAAUAGUUUUGGAUUUGAGACAAAUUAUUCAGGUGUAGAACAGUUAAAAGUCAUUGUUACAACUUUUGCCACACCAUGAUCCCUAGAAAAUAUGUCCUGCCCACUUGUAUUUAGCCUAGUUCAGUUUUUUGAAGGAGAAAAGGCUGGUUCUGCUGGCAAAGGGUAAGUUUUCCUGCAUAUCAGUCAGUGCCUUCAAGGUUGUAGAACUUAAACAGGACCACAAACUUCCCAAAAAAUGCUACAAGUCUUCAUUGAUUGGAGUGACUUACGACGAAGUAUGAGCAGAAAUAGAUGUUUCUUUAGCUUCUCUUGCCUCUUGUCUACAAAGCUGGACAAUAGGUAGGAUGUCUCUUACAGAGGUAAUAAGGAAUUUCACCAUUACACAGACAUAAGACCAAUAGGCAUUUAAUGCACCACUGUAUAUUUAUUCCUCAGAUGGGACAGAAGUUGGUUAUUGUGUCUCUCCCAUUCUCUGACACAGAUUUUCUAGGUUGUAUUGGAUAUACAUGGACCUAUUAUGUAAGUUAACAUGCUGAUUUUUUAUGGUACCUUCUCAUUUUGGGUUAGUUAACAUGCAAGCUGCAGCACGUGUUAGCGUGCUGUCUACUGCUGUAUGCUUGUAUUUUGAUUCUACUCUGAAAAAUUUAGACUUUACAGUGUACAUAGUUAUGUGAUUUCUUAGACUGGUAUUUUUUAUGACAUUAAAUGUGAAAAAUGGGUGCUGCCAGUGGAAGGUGGCUGUAAAGAACCUGGUUUUGAAAAGCUGGAGGUACACAAUUUUAGUAAAAGAGAGAGUUGGUGAAAUUUGACAUAUUUGGUGGCAAGAGGAACUUAUACUUGCUUCCUACCCUGAAAAAUAAUGGUGUCCUGAACUUGUAACACUUUCAACUAAAAUGUUCAAACUCCAAGAAGGAUUUAGAAAGCAAAUGCUGCUUUCCUCAGUAUUCUCCUGGAAUUGCUUGUUACCAUUUGGGAGUUUAUUGUGAAAUAGGGGGUAUUUCUAAGUACUCAGAAAGAAAAUAAUGUUUCUAAACAAUCUCUAAAUAAUCUGUAUUUCAUUUCAUUGAGGGAACUUUUAAACUUUGAUCCUACACUGCCGUAUUCCAUUAAAUUAAAAUGUAGAAAUAUCAUUAACUUUUAUCUUUAUUUUACUGACACCAUGCUCUGGGGCUUAAAAAGUUUUCUUGUUUCCUUUUGAAUUAGUAAAAGAUAAUCCACUGCAUUCCUAAGUAAACCAAUGUAUCCCUUGAUACCUCAUCAAUUCAGAUACUUACCAGGACUUUGUUCAUUAAAAUGUUUAUACAUUUGUCUUACUAAUGUAUGUUCCAUUGCAAUAACUGUGGUUAAAACACAAAGAUAUGAGCUGUCAUACAACUUGGCAUAUGAAAUUCCCUGUGAGGAUAUGUGGUCAGGUAAUGAAUAAGACAUGGUCACUGCUUUAUCUGCCCAUCUGAUUCUCUGUGUGUACCAAUAAAACAGGACUUCAAAAGAAA